AGAUGCUGUUUAGGGGAGGAGUCCCCUCUAUAUAAGUCUGACCAACAAUCAACCUGGUUCUCACAGUCUGGUCAUGAUGCUGAAGGUGGGGGUUUUGGUUGCUGUUGCCGUGUUUCUGGAGACGGUCUCCGGGACCUCUCUCGGGGUGGUGUACACAGAGGGAGGGAUGGUGCAGGGCGAGAACAUUCGUCUCGGCUUCCGUCGUCACAUGGACAUCUUCAAGGGGAUUCCUUUUGCUGACAUCCCUGGAAGGUUUGAGAAACCAAAGCGUCAUCCUGGCUGGGAUGGUGUCCUGAAGGCCACUGAGUACAGAAAGAGAUGCCUUCAGGUGAACCUUAUCAUGACUGACACCAGAGGUAGUGAGGACUGUCUCUACCUUAACAUUUGGGUUCCUCAUGGUCGCUCAGUGUCCACUGGUCUGCCAGUCAUGGUCUGGAUCUAUGGAGGAGGCUUCCUGGCUGGUGGCUCGAUGGGUGCUAACUUCUUGGACAACUAUCUGUACAGUGGGCAGGAGAUUGCAGACAGAGGAAAUGUUAUUGUGGUGACACUGGGAUACCGUGUGGGAACUCUGGGCUUCCUGAGCACUGGAGACUCUAGUUUGCCUGGAAAUUAUGGUCUGUGGGACCAGCACACCGCCAUCGCCUGGGUGCACAGGAACAUCCGCUCCUUUGGAGGAGACCCUGACAACAUUACCAUCUUUGGAGAGUCUGCAGGUGGAGCUAGUGUUAGCUUCCAGACACUCACUCCCCACAACAGAGGGCUGAUCAAGAGGGCCAUCUCCCAGAGUGGUGUUGCCCUUUGCCCCUGGGGUGUUAUCAAGAACCCCCGCAGGAUCGCUGAGGAGGUUGCUCUGAAGGUCAACUGCCCCACUGAUGACAAAAUGGCCGCCUGUUUGAAGAUGACUGAUCCUGUGCUGCUAACGAUGGCUGGCACUCUCAGUCUGUCCAGCUCACCCGAUAACCCUCUGGUAAAUAACCUCGUCCUGUCUGCUGUGAUUGAUGGCGACUUCCUGCCUGAUGAGCCUACCAACCUGUUCCACAAUGCUGCUGACAUCGACUACAUUGCUGGAGUCAAUGACAUGGAUGGACACAUCUUCACUGGUUUAGAUAUUCCCUCAAUCAACGCCCCCCUGGUGGACACGCCUAUUGAGGAUAUGAAGAGGCUUCUGGCUUCAUACACUAAGGACAAAGGCAAGGCUGGUUUGGACAACGCUUACUCCACAUACACCUCAAGCUGGGAAUCAAAUCCCAGCAAGGAGACUGUCAAGAGAACCAUUGUGGACAUUGGAACAGACUACAUCUUCCUGGUUCCCACACAGGCUGCCCUCUACCUUCAUGCUGCCAAUGCUACAACUGCCAGGACCUACUCCUACCUCUUCUCUCAACCCAACCGUAUGGGUGGCAUUGGCAGACCCUAUCCCAGCUGGAUGGGAGCCGACCACGCUGAUGACCUGCAGUACGUGUUUGGAAAGCCUUUCACCACACCACUGGCAUACUGGCCUCGCCACCGUGACGUCUCUCGCUACAUGAUCGCCUAUUGGACCAACUUCGCCAAAACUGGAGAUCCCAACAAAGGAGACCUGAGUGUGCCUGCCACUUGGCCCAAAUUCACCAACACAGGACAUCAGUUCCUGGAGAUCAAUUCUAAGAUGGACAAGAGCUAUGCGAGACAGAAGAUGAGAAUGCGUUAUGUGCAUUUCUGGGCCAGCAUCCUGCCUAGCCUUCCCCAAAACAUUUAUGAAUAAAGACCUUGUGCAAUCACCUGUGCAUCUGUAAUGUCAGCCUACAGAUCUUAAGUACUAUAUCAGUAUUGGUUCAUGAAAAAUAAAUUGAUGAUGAACACAAAUUAAAAA